AUGGUUCAAAGAAAUAUCAAAACUUUCCAUCUCCAUUAUGAUUUAGAAAAAGGAGGUUAUCGAGGUUAUGAUCGUCGACAUUAUCCCGAAAAAAAUCGUUUUGCAUUUAGUGAUUCUGAAUCAAAUCCACGUAGUCGUAUGCAUAUAUCCUCAGCACCAUCAAGAAAUAUGGAUGAGCAAUGGCGUCCACAUGGUCGACAUAUCGAACCAAAAUAUACAAAUUUCGGACUCGAUUGGCAAUCACGUAUUCAUUAUAUUGCUCCACCAGAACAUCCAGACGCUAAACCAACAUUACCUGUUAGUUUUAUUGAACGUAAUAUACGUUUUACUCGUCCCUAUCCACAGAACUGGCAACGUACAACGAAUGAAUGGAUUUAUUUCACUGAUGAAUCUAUAGAACAUAAUCCAUCAAAACGUAAUUAUUUUGCUGAUAUAUAUCUUCGUUCAAUAGAAGAUUUGGGUAAUCAAGAUAUACAUAUGACACAAAUUGGAUAUAAAAAAAAAGUUCUUGAUAAACGUAAUGGUUUACCAAAGAAAUCUGACGGUGAUAAAAGUUAUCAUAAUGUUGAAGAAUCAACAGAUUUUCAUAAAUUUGGUUCAACAUUACCUGUUGUUGAAUUUGGACAUGAAAAAACACGACAUGAAUCUGUAAAAACCUUAGUACAAAUGAAAAAUGAACAUUUUCAUGUUAUGAAUGAUAAAGAAUUUGCUGAACAAGAACGAAAACGUGAACAAGAAAAUAUUAUUGAUGAAGUUGCUCAAUUAGAUAAUUGGAAACCAGCUCCACGUGUUAAAAGUGCAUUUAAAGUGCUUGAUCUUGAUCCAAAUGAUAAACAUGGAGGAAGAUAUAGACCUCGUAUUCGAUAA